CAGUCUCAGAAAAACGUGUCAAACACUUCCUAUCGCUAGCAAUUUCAAAAGAUGUUAAGUGUCCUGAUAUUGGCCAGGAAUCCUGGCAAGCGGCUGCUGCCUCGCAGUGGAGUGCUGCAAGCCCAGUGGCUUCGUGGCCAGAAGACCAUGCCGGUGUACGAUUACCGUUGCCCAAAUCCGCCCAAGUGGGGCUACUCGGCCUUCGGAAGGGACCAGAAGACCUGGGGCGAGUGGACCUGUGCCCGGUUGGAUGACCUCCUCAACUGGGGUCGCAAGGGCUCGCUGUGGCCGCUGACCUUUGGCCUCGCCUGCUGUGCCGUCGAAAUGAUGCACAUUGCGGCUCCGCGCUACGACAUGGAUCGCUACGGAGUGGUGUUCCGGGCAUCUCCGCGCCAGGCGGACGUGCUCAUCGUGGCCGGCACCCUGACCAACAAAAUGGCGCCGGCCUUUCGCAAGGUGUACGACCAGAUGCCGGAGCCCAGAUGGGUCAUCUCCAUGGGCAGUUGCGCCAAUGGUGGUGGCUACUACCACUACUCCUACUCGGUGGUACGCGGCUGCGAUCGCAUUGUGCCGGUGGACAUCUACGUGCCCGGCUGUCCGCCCACCGCGGAGGCUCUGAUAUACGGAAUCCUGCAGCUGCAGAAGAAGGUCAAGCGCAUGAGGACGCUGCAGAUGUGGUACAGGAAGUAGAGUGGAGUGUCCUCCUAAGGUGAUCAGUAAAUAAAUGACUCACGAGCUGUGAUACCUUUGCAAA